UUCCAUUGAGAAAAACGAGCAGCAAAUGCGAAUGACGAAAUGUGCGAGACAAGACAUGAAAUUGCACUAGGAGCACAGAUCACAGCACAGAGCAGAGAAACGCACGAGAUGCGAGCAUGUGCAUCGCACCACCUCAGCUGAGCAAAGAUCGGAUUCGAUCGUAUUGGAGAUCUCAAGAUCUCAACUUGAUACGAGCAAUUGUCACUUGCCAUUAGCCUGUCCAAAAGCGGGAGAGUGGCAACUGCCAACUGCCAACUGGCAACCAGCAAAGUGGCAAGUGGCAAGUGCGGGGGAACUCUGCCACAAAUGGUUAGCGCUUUGAUUCGCUGUUGCGCGCUGGCAACACGAAUAUAAAACUGAAGAACUCGCGGAAAAUGCAUCUCACAGUCGAGUUGAGUUCUUGCAGUGCAGACACACACACAGCAUCCAUCUCUCCAGUCUCCACAUCCAAGCCACACACAUCCUUUGCAAUGUUCGUCCAGACUGUGUGCCUAUUGGGUUUGACGCUCUCCGUGGCGUUGGCAGUUCCCAUCGAUCCCUAUGGUCCUUCGCUGAUCGCUGCUCCCGCCAUCUCGUAUGCGGCACCCAAGAUCCUGGCCGCUCCCGCUAUCUCGUAUGCGGCACCCAAGAUCCUGGCUGCCCCCGCUUUGGCUGUGGCCAAGGUCGCCGUGGCUGAGCCCUACGAUCCCAAUCCACAGUACAGCUUCUCGUAUGGCGUCACCGAUCACCACACCGGCGACUCCAAGCAACAGGAGGAGACACUCGUCAACGGCGUCGUCCAUGGCAGCUACUCGCUGGCCGAACCCGAUGGCACCAUUCGCAAGGUGACCUACACCGCCGACAAGAUCAACGGCUUCAACGCCGUUGUCGAGAAGAAGGGCGUCGCUGCUGUUGCUAUUGCUAAGCCAGCGUUGGCUGUGGCUGCAGUGCCCACAAUCACCAAGCUGGCGGUGCCGGCUAUCACCAAGAUUGGUUACGCUGCGCCAGCUUAUGCUGCACCCGCGUACGCCGCCUCUGGCUAUGGUGGACACUACUAGACUACGUAGGCUGCGUUCACUGGACUCUACCAUAUCAAACGACAACCACCAAUCCUGGACAAUGCGAUCAGGAUCAUUGUUGAAUAGUUCUAGUUCUAAAUAUGCUAUCUAAAAACAAAAACCCGAAACACAACGUGCGUGCUGCUCUGUCAAUCGAUUGCCGUAUCUCCGCAUCAUUCCUAUCCCGGACAACCUAAAUUUAGCUCUUAGGGUUACCGUUUUCUAGGGGAUUUUGGGGGACGGCUAACGGCCAUUUAUCUAGUGAUUACUUAUCUGCAUCUACUGAAUAAAAGUUUCGGUACAA